AUGUCAGUGAGUAGUUUCCCGACUAAGCCAGAUGACAGGGAAUCCAAGAAGGCUAGAAUGAGCGCCACGCCAUUAAUCGGGUUCACAGAGGAAGACAAACAAGGAACUAUCCAACCCCACGAUGAUGCCUUAGUCGUUACGCUCAGAAUAGGAGGAUAUGACGUGAAAAUGGUGUUAGUUGAUCAAGGCAGCGCAGUGGAGAUAAUGUACCCUGAUUUGUAUAAGGGACUGAACUUGAAACAGGAAGACCUGUCGCCAUACGAUUCCCCCCUGGUUAGCUUUGAAGGAAAGGUUGUCAUCCCGAGAGGCAUGAUUAGGUUGCCUGUGCAAACAGACUCAGAUGUGGUAGAAGUGAACUUCAUUGUCGUAGAUGCAUACUCCCCUUACACAGCCAUCGUGGCCCGGCCAUGGCUUCAUGCACUAGGGGCUGUGUCGUCAACCUUGCACCAAAAGGUGAAAUAUCCGUUAGGAGGUCAGAUCAAAGAGAUAAUAGGGAACCAGGGAGUAGCUAGGCAAUGCAUGGUGUCAGCAAUCUUGCGACAGCAGAAUUGCAUAACUUCCACUUCGGCCGAGAACGGCUUAUAG